CCCGCCCGCUCUGCUGUCCCGCCUUUCGCACUGCUAUUGCCAAUCGCUGUGCCACCGCGUCUUCCAUCUCUUGUCUGCAUUACAUUCAUCGCGACACAUACAGAGGGAGGGAAUUAUCGAGUCAAGGAUUCUGACCGCGCACCAUGUCGAUGUAUCCGGGCCAUCGGGGCAUGGGGAACGUGCCCCCUGCCAACGGUGUUGUCGGCCGGCUGAAUGAGCUCCUCGACCAGAUCCGCGCCGAAUUCGAAUCGCACAUCCGCCAGAGCGAGACGUAUGAGCAUCAAAUCCAAGCUCAGGUGCAGGAGAUGCAUGCAAUUCGGGAGAAGGUUUAUCAGAUGGAACAGAGCCAGCUCGGCCUCAAGCAAAAGUAUGAGGAGGAGUUGGCCAUCCUGCGCCAGCAGCUGGAGAGCCGCGGAGGUCCUCCGGGCCCGAUGAACCCGCCUCCUCAGCACGUUGGCCCGCCCCAGCCGCCGCCGCAGAUCGGUAACCCCGGGAAUAAUACCGUGAUUGGCGCCAUCCUCUCCGGCCACAACCAGGCCGGCCUGGCUCCGCCGCCUCACCCACAGCAGCAGGAGCAACAACAGCCGCCGCACAUGCCUCCUGCACCCCCCGGGCUGCAGGGUCCCCCGCCCCCGCCUCCGCCGCCGUCUCAGCAGCCUCCUUUCCAGCAGCAAUACCCACAGGGCCCUGCUCAGGGCGGCUUCCCUCCCCAGCCGCCUCAAAGCACCGCGUCUCCGGGGCCGGGCAGCAAGCGAGCCAUUGGUAGACCCCCCGCGGCCGGCCCGGCUACCCCGCAAAUCAACACGCCGGUCCCGUACACCGGGCCUGGCCAGUCUCCCCAGGUUCCCACUCAUCCCACGCCGGACCAUGCGCGGAUGGCGCAGCAUGCCCCUCCGCCGCCGCCUCCUCCCCAUAUUACCAACGUGCUGGUCGACCUCGAUCCGGAGCGCUUGCCCAACCACAUCAAGAAAGUUAGGGAAGACUGGUGGGUCAUCUUCAACCAAUCUGUGCCCCGGGUGCUCGACGUGGAUCUCCUGCACACCCUCCAGCACGAGAGCGUCGUUUGCUGCGUGAGGUUCAGCCACGAUGGAAAGUAUGUCGCGACGGGUUGCAACCGGUCGGCGCAGAUCUACGAUGUCGCCACGGGCGAGAAGAUCUGCGUGCUCCAGGACGAAAGUAUCGACUUGAACGGCGACCUGUACAUCAGGAGCGUCUGUUUCAGCCCGGAUGGAAAGUACCUCGCCACUGGCGCCGAGGACAAGCUGAUCCGAGUCUGGGAUAUUCAAACGAGACAGAUCCGCACCACCUUCGCCGGCCACGAUCAGGACAUCUACUCUCUCGAUUUUGCCCGCGAUGGACGCACCAUCGCCUCCGGCAGCGGCGACCGCACCGUCAGGAUCUGGGAUGUCGACUCGGGCACUUGCCAGCUCACGCUCACCAUAGAGGACGGCGUGACGACCGUGGCAAUCUCCCCCGACACCAAGCUCGUUGCUGCUGGCUCGCUGGACAAGAGCGUCAGGGUUUGGGACAUCAAACAAGGCUAUCUCCUGGAGCGCUUGGAGGGCCCGGACGGCCACAAGGACAGCGUCUACAGCGUCGCCUUUUCGCCGAACGCGCGCGAGCUUGUCAGCGGCAGCUUGGACAAGACCAUCAAGAUGUGGGAGCUGAACACGUCGCGGCCGCUGCCCCACAACCAGCAGCCGCCGCUCAAGGGCGGGCGCUGCAUCAAGACAUUUGAGGGUCACCGGGAUUUCGUCCUCAGCGUCGCGCUCACGCCCGAUUCCGAGUGGGUGCUUUCCGGCUCCAAGGACCGCGGCGUUCAGUUCUGGGACCCCAAGACGGGCCAGACGCAGCUCAUGCUGCAGGGCCACAAGAACUCGGUCAUCUCCGUCGCGCCCAGCCCCGUGGCCACGCCGGCCGGCGGCUACUUUGCCACGGGCUCGGGCGACAUGAAGGCGCGCAUCUGGUCUUACACUCGUCUCGACCGGCGAUAGGUGCAGCCGGUGAGGAGCGACGCCGUGUUCGAUGUGCUCGGAGAUCCUCGCAACGAUGCGGUCGCUUGGCUCCGUCGUUGGGCGCAGAACCGUAAACGAGAGAUACAACGAGAGACGGAGACAAGUAAGGAUGGGGGAAACUAAGCCUGGAUCUGGAAGCCGACAUCGCGGGGGUAGCAAGUAGGUUCGGGAAAUUUUUGUCUCUUGAAAGAGCGGUCCCUCAAUGUCGAACUCAACCGGGGAAAAUUGAACCGGGUGGUUUGAACGAUGUUGGGGAGGCGGCAAGGGGGCGGAUUCCCUUCUGGAUGUCGCGGCGUCAGGAUUGGGCUUGGAGAAAUAUUCUUCCAUUGAUUGGAUGGGUGGAUGGAUGGACGGGGAUAACUUGUUUUUACCUGUCGGUUGGUGCACCACGUCCAUGGUCGAAGGUACUCACAGAAUCAGCAACAUGAUAUUAUAUAUAAUACGUAGGUAUAUAACAGACCGAUCCGUGCUUGCAUGGUAUGUGAUAAUCAGCGCGAUGCGCGCUACAGUCCGCUAAAGAUAUCGUCAAACUCGUCCCCCUUCCUCCGCUUCUUCGUCUUCUUCUUCUGGGGCUUGGGAUUGCGCUUCUUGUCAUCGUCCAGCCCGGCGAAAAUGUCGUCGAAUUCGUCCCCGCCUACUCCGUCUCCUUCUUUUUCUUCUC